UUUCUUUGGAUUAUUAUCCACCCAAUCAUUUUGUUUAUACACACACACACUGAAGUGAUAGUUGAAAGUUGGCCUAAUAAACUUGCACCUCUUUCUUUUCUGCCUACUUUGCUUCAAAACCAAAGAAAGUGUAGACAACAUGAGUAGAAGAAGCAUGCCUGCAAAAUUGUUGCUCACAACUUUGUAUAUCCUCUUGGUGUCUCUUCCUAUUCACAUGUCACCACAUGAUGUUAACAUAGACACACACAAAUUCAGAAGUAGUAGUGGCCACAGAAGCAAAACUGUUGGUGGUGGCUCAGCCAAAGGUUGCAACAACAACCAAUUUGACACAAACACAACACCAUGUCAAAAAUCGACAACCAUUCAAGCAGUUCCAGCUUCUUCACCUCCCCUUGUGUUUGCAGACCAAAGACUUGAAGUAGUGUAUCCAAUAAUCCAAAAAUUCAAGUCCACCAUCACCUCAGAUCCACUAGGAGUGACCAAAACUUGGGUAGGAUCAGAUAUAUGCAGCUACAAAGGCUUCUACUGUGACAUUCCCCCAGACAAUAGUUCUGCCACUGCUUUGGCUUCUAUUGACUUAAAUGGUUUCCAACUAUCUGCUUCCACCCUUGAUGGCUUCAUUGAUAAUCUCCCUGAUAUUGCUCUCUUCCAUGCUAAUUCCAACAAUUUUGGUGGCACAAUCUCACCCCAAAUAGCCAAACUCCCUUACCUAUAUGAGCUUGAUGUUAGCAACAACCAAUUAUCUGGUCCAUUUCCCACUGCUGUUCUAGGCAUGAACUCUUUAACAUUCUUGGACUUAAGGUUCAAUUCUUUUUCUGGGGAAGUUCCACCACAAAUUUUCACACAAAACCUCCAAGUCCUUUUCAUAAACAACAACAUCUUCACUCAAGGGUUGCCUGAUAACUUAGCCUCCACUCAUAUUCUCUUGCUCACCUUAGCAAACAACAAGUUCAUGGGUCCAAUUCCAAGAAGUCUUCCCAAGGCUUUGGCCACUCUAAGUGAAGUGCUUUUACUAAACAACCAGUUAACAGGUUGUUUGCCUUAUGAGAUUGGUUUUCUCGAAGAGGCCACAGUGUUUGAUGCUGGCAACAACCAGUUAACUGGUCCUUUGCCUUUAUCUUUGAGUUGUCUUGAGAAGGUGGAGGUGCUCAAUUUGGGUGGUAAUAUGUUGUAUGGCAUGGUGCCAGAAGUGGUGUGUGUAGGAUUGGUGAAUUUGGUAAACUUUUCAUUAUCUGAUAACUAUUUCACACAUGUGGGGCCACUUUGUAGGAUGCUGAUUCAGAGAGGGGUUCUUGAUGUUAGGAACAAUUGUAUUCCUGAUCUUCCGUUUCAGAGAUCAGUGAUGGAGUGUGCUGAGUUCUUUGCAACACCAAGGAUGUGUCCCUUCAUGUGGUUUCAUGGUCUCAUCCCUUGUAAGCUUCCUUUUCAACAUUCCAUUCACAAUUAGAUGCCCAAGGCAUUUGGGUUGCAAUUCUUUGUUUUUCUUUUCUUUAACUUCCUGUGUAAUGUAUAAUUGGAACUGAGCUUUGUGAUGAUCCGUCUAUCCAUGUUCUGAGAUAAUUUCUAUAUUUCAAGUCAAUGUGUGCAUCAUAGCCAUUAUAUGGCAGAUUAAAACUUCCAUCCAGUCAUUGAAAUU